UUUCAGAAACGAACAGUGUUUUCUAGCUGCUCCGUGUGAUAGGACGUGCAAUAAUAUUUCCGUUUGAAUUUAUUCUUUUUCAAACUUUUACCUUAACCGUCGGUUUUUGUUGUUAAAAUUCAAAAGAAUUUUGUUCUUCGAACAGAUAAAACCGAAACUCAUUCUUUUAUCCUUGGAAAGACAUUGCAAGCAAUAAUUAAUAGUUGGAUUGUGAGAAUCAUUUGGGAUUCUGUUUUGCAAUUAAAUUUAAACCAGUCGGCACUGUAGAAAAUAAGCCGGUCUUUUCUGCUUCAGUUGGAAAGUUUUCUACGUCUGCAAUUAAUUGAUUAUUAAGAGUGUUUUGUGUCAAUUAGUGUACUGCUCGUUUUAAUUGAUUGUUUUUUUGUAAAUCGAUAAAUCAACGUUUUUACGAAGAUGACAUCUUGGGGCUAUUCAUCAACAAAUGGACCAGAAAAAUGGCCAGAACUAUUUCCCAUGGCGUCAGGCCAUCGUCAGUCUCCGGUCAAUAUUGACACCAAUUCUACGACCCGUUCCAGUACCUUGAAAAAACCACUGUCAUGGAAAUACUUACCGGAAAAUACACGCAGUCUUGUCAAUCCCGGCUACUGCUGGCGAGUGGACGUGAACGGCGAAGGAUCUGAAUUGACCGGUGGUCCGUUGACCGAUGACAAGUAUAAGCUGGAACAAUUUCAUUGCCAUUGGGGAUGCUCAGAUGGAAAAGGCUCUGAACACACCGUUGAUGGACUGUCGUAUUCAGGAGAACUUCAUUUAGUUCAUUGGAAUACAACCAAAUAUCCAACAUUCGAAGCGGCUGCAGCGCAUCCAGACGGUUUAGCCGUUUUGGGAGUUUUUCUAAAGGUUGGUGAAAGUCAUGACGAAUUGGACAAAGUUGCCAAGUAUUUACCAUUCAUUUCCCACAAAGGAGACAGAGUCACUCUACCCGAACCGUGCGAUCCAAGCAAACUAUUGCCCAACAAUCCAGCCUACUGGACGUACUUCGGUUCGCUAACCACUCCCCCAUUCUCCGAAUCGGUCAUCUGGCUGGUGUUCAAGACACCGGUCGAAGUGUCAAAGAAACAAUUGGAAUUGAUGCGCAAUCUGCGCUGCUACGAUGUAAACGAACCGUGUCCGUGCGACGGCAACGGAAAAGUGAUCAACAACUAUCGGCCCCCGUUGCCGCUCGGCAAUCGUGAACUUCGCGAAAUUGGCGGACAUUAGCCAUUAAUGGACUACUUCAAUAACUUAACAAUACAAAACACGUAGCGUAUAGAGAGAACGGAUAGAAAUAUUGUAAAAAUAUGCAGCUGGUAAUAAGUGGAUGGUCGGAUAUUAAUUAUUCAAGUUUUAUUAGUGGCUCUGUACCUUUGGACCAUGAUUUUAGAGAAGCCAGCUAUCGAUGUCAUUUGGGAGUCCCGAAUGGAACAUCCCAAUUAAAAUGUCCUCCCAAGGUCGGACCUGUACACUUACAUAAAACAUUGGCUUCUAAUUAGAAUAAAUUAGAAUAAAUUCAAGAGCUUCUAGUGAUUCAUUUCGAAAUUAUAAUUUCUUCGCACAACAGUGAAGCCCAUAAAUCUUUGCUGGAUAAAUUGUGUGAUUGUUCGGGUCAAUGGGGGAAUUAAUUACACGGAAAGUAUUACAAAUAAAAUGUUAAAUUUAGGUAGAAUUUAAGAAAAUUAUCGAGAAAGAGAUUUGUAUAUGUGACUGGGCUGUAAUCAGAAACCAGAAUUAACUACAGUGCCUAGGCGAAUGUUUCCAUUCCCAUAAUGAAGGUGCUAUGAGAAUCAACAUUAUACGAACCUUUUUUUUGUACCUAAGCCUCGACCCAAGCCAAAUAAAAUUGCAUGAGAGAGUUGCUGUCAUUAUUAAUGAGUCUUGUUAAAAUUGUUUUGUUUUUUUUUUCGUGGCAUCCUUUCACUCUCUCUAUAUCCAUUGAUCCAUUCUAUUUUCAUGGUGUGAAUAGUUGGACUCUUUUUCGAUGUUAAUUAUUAUAUCCUAACGCAGUACAAUCAUAAUUUCCAUAUUUAUUUUGCAUUCUAAUUUUUAAACUUGUUGCUGCUCCAGCACCAUCAUGUCAUUUUUUGUCUAAAAUAUUUAUUAAUUUUUCGCGAUUUUUCGUUUAGUACAAAUUUGCGUAGCAGCAUUUUCUAUUCGUUUCGUUUGUCCCGCAAAAGUAUAAUUUGAAAAAUGUACAAAUAAAUGCAAAAAACAAACAAAAAAUCAUUUGGUGUAGGGGUCAAGUUGUUAACAGUUUGUCAAACAAGAAAAAUGUGAAAAAUAUUUUUGUAUGAAUAAUGAGUAUUGAGUAUGUAGCGAAAAUUGUAGUUUAGUGAGUAAAAUAAUGGAAAAUAAAUAAAACAGCAACAAGAAAA